AUGGACCGCGACCAGGUCUUGACAGCGGACGUCAUUGAUGCCAUGAUUGCCAACGGAGACACCGUCGUCAUCUUCCAAGACUAUGUCCUGCGUCUCAACUCGUGGCUCGCCCUCCACCCCGGAGGCAGUCUCGCGAUCCUGCACAUGGUGGGCAGAGAUGCCACGAAUGAGAUCACUGCGUACCAUUCAGCCGCAACCUUGAAGACCAUGAAGGCCUACCGGAUCGGCCGGAAACCAGCAGGCCCAUGGACCAAUAGGACGCCGCCAAUCAGAGGCGGCUUUCGCAAAUGUCUCGACAUCGCGCCGGAAGCUUCGGAGACAUCUGAUGCAGGCCUUGAAUCAUCUGCGGAGAAGGGCGCCCUUGCACGUCCCGCCGCCGGCCCAGACGGGAGCGCCCUGCUUACCCCUGGCACUAGCCCAACUCAAUCCGUCAGCCAUGGCGCCGCGACCGCCUGUCAACGGGAUGCCGGCUCCUGCUCGCGGCGAACCACCCCGCGAGGUAGUCCAUCGCGGCGUGACGAAGAGAAGGGCUAUGUCAGCGACCCGGAGAAGCGGCCGCUCGUCCCCCGGGGCCGCCCGACCUUGACGCCCGACCAGUACACCGACUGGGCGGUUCACCAGGGCCAGCGCAUAGACAUCCGCGACUAUCCUUCUCUCGACAAGGACGUGCAGCAGGCCAUUGCCGAAAAGUACAGCGCACUGCACGACCGCAUCGCCGAUGAAGGCCUCUACGCAUGCCCGUACCUCGAGUACGGCAAGGAGAUGGUCCGCUACCUGAGCCUGUUUGGGCUCUUUGUCUACUUCUUGACCAAGGCUUGGUACAUUACAUCGGCCUUGUUCCUCGGCCUGUUUUGGCAUCAAAUCAUGUUCACGGCUCACGAUGCUGGCCAUCGAGCCAUCACGCAAAUCUUCACUGUAGACACACUCAUCGGCAUGUUCAUUGCCGACUUUUGCUGCGGCUUGUCCAUUGGGUGGUGGAAGAGCAGCCACAACGUCCAUCAUCUCAUCACCAACCAGCCUGAGCACGACCCCGACAUCCAAAACAUCCCCCUCUUUGCCACAUGCCCAAGCUUCUUCAAGUCCAUUCACUCUAGCUACUACGACUUUACCUUUGCCUGGGACGCCGUGGCCGAGUUCAUGGUGCCGUAUCAAAAGUACACAUACUACCCGGUCAUGGGCAUCGCCCGCUUCAACCUGUACCUGCUCUCGUGGCUGCACGUCCUGUCGUCCAAGUCUUCGUCGCUGGGCAGCAGCAAGGCGUGGUGGAUCCGGCCCGCCGAAAUCACCUUUAUGGCGGGCUACUGGUUCGUCUUCGGAUACCUGCUCCUGUGGAGGACUCUUCCCGACUGGCCGACCCGGGUCAUCUUCGUCUUGGUAUCGCACAUAGUCACCAUGCCGCUGCACGUCCAGAUCACGCUGUCGCACUGGGGCAUGUCCACGUCGGACCUGGGCGAGGACGAGUCAUUUCCGCAGCGCCAGCUCCGGACGACCAUGGACGUCGAUUGCCCGGCGUGGCUCGACUUCAUCCACGGCGGCCUGCAGUUCCAGGCCGUCCACCACCUGUUUCCCCGCGUCCCCAGACACAACCUGCGCAGGGUGCAGGCCAUGGUGAAGGAGUUUUGCCAGGAGACGGGCAUCCAUUAUUCGAUCCUGGGCUUUGUAGACGGAAACCGCAAGGUGCUGAGCCGCCUGGACGAAGUGAGCGACCAGGUCAAGAUCCUCGUCAGCUGCCAAAAAUACAUGGCGGAGACGGGCGAAAGCGGCUUGCACUGA